CUUAUUUACUAAACUAAAGUAGAAACACUGUUUGCGAGUGAUGUCGGUACCUACCAGAACAACCUCAAUUUCGUAAAUUGAUAACUUUUUUCUUAUUUGGAAUUUGUGUUUCACAACGUGAAUUAUGUCGUCGUCCAGCAGUAGUACUGUGUGGUUUUUUUUUAAAAAGACCAAUAAAUAUAAUCUAACUUGUAAUUUGUGUGGUAAAAAUUAUAAAAGUAGUGGCAAUACGUCAAAUUUAGCAACACAUUUAAGAAACAAGCAUUACCAUGCAUUCUCAGAGCUAAAAAAUGUUGGUGGCAAGUCAAUAAUAAAUUCAGAACCUAAAAUUAGAAAAUCCGCAUUGAAACAGCAACGAAGACUGCCAUUCGAAACUUGUUCACAAUCUUCAACUUCAACUUCAGCUAGUAUAACUAACAUUGCUCAAGACGUCGAAAUUGAAAAUGCAGCGGAUUUGUCAUUGUGUACAACCAGUCAGGAAAAUUAUAAUAGAGAAUCAUCUAUUUCCGUUUUAAAUAAUCAAUUCAAACAAGUAACAAAACAACCUACACUCAUGGACAUAUUGGAAAGAAGUUCAAGCUAUGAAGCUGGAGGACAAAAAACAUACGAAAUAAAUCAAGCAUUAGUUUAUAUGAUUUGUAAAGACAACAUGCCUUUUUCAUGCGUAGAAAAACCUGGAUUACAAAAAUUCACGAGCGUUAUUUGUCCACGCUACAAGUUUCCUUCUCGAACUACGGUAACCAGCUUAGUCGAUCAGCGAUAUAUUACUACGAAAGCUAUCUUAAAAAAUAAACUAAGGGAGACUGAAAAUAUAGCAUUGACAAGUGAUAUAUUAACACUCACUAACUCGACAAGGAGUUUUCUAGUUAUGACAGCGCAUUUUUUUAAUGCCUCAGAAAACUCUGUUCCAGAGCUAGAGACAGUGACGCUGACAGCACAGAGAAUGUAUCAAGCGCACACAGCUGAUUACAUCCGAGAAUGUUUUGAAGAUAUUUUAAAAGAGUUUUCAAUAGAAAAAAACAGUAUCCAUUCAAUGACCACAGAUGGUGGUAGUAAUAUGGUAUUGGCAGUGAAGAAAUUCUUGGGGGACAACAAGAGAAUACCUUGUAUGGCACAUUUGAUCAAUUUAGUAGUAGAUGCCGCAUUGACGAAAGAUAAUUCACCUGUUCUGGAACUUGCAAAUCAAGUCAAAUCUAUUGUAACAUAUUUUAAGCAAUCCGUCAAUGCUAUGGAUGAAUUAAGAGCAGAGCAACAGAGUCUUCAAAAAAAAGAAGGAGAAGUGCUCACACUCAUCCAGUCGGUCAGUACUCGAUGGAAUUCGUGCCUAGAUAUGUUAGAAAGAUUUAAUAAGCUGGCAGCUAUAGUGGCUAAAAUUUUAUCUGGUAGAAGAAAUGCACCAGAUAUGCUAACAUCAUCGCAGCUGAAUGUCAUCCGAGAGCUAAUAACACUGCUUACACCAUUUAAGCAGGCCACUGAAGACAUUAGUGGCGAUCAUUAUGUGAGUGCUAGUUUAGCAAUACCAAUUACUAAUUUGCUGGUGCAAGGACUGGAACACGAAAAGCCCUCAACAUUAUUAGGUAUUGCCGUAAAAACUAGUUUGUUGCAAGGGGUUACUACACGACUAAGGCCCUUGGAGCAAAAUUUAUACUUGGAUAAGCUACGAUAUUAGAUCCGCGUUUCAAGCGUAUGCACUUCAGUUCCCCACUUGCUAUUUCAAAAGCAAUAACUGAGCUAUCAGAGGAAAUACGCGCGGAACACCAGCGACGAGGACAGCUUUCGCCUAAUUUGAAUGCUGGCAUAAUUUCUGAAACACAAAGUUCUUUAACGUCAGAAUCAGAGUCACUAUGGUCUCGACACGAACAGCUUCUAGUUGCUGUAGCCAACGACAAUGCAGCUAAUAUAGCCUCUCGAAGUAACAGAAUGCCGGACGAGUUGAAGCAGUUCUUGGAUGCUCCAAAUAUAUCCCGUAAGGAAAACCCGAUAAAAUUUUGGAUCGACACAAGACAUUUCACCCCAGUUCUUUCAAAUUUGUCACUUAAAUACUUAACACCUACGGCUUCCUCUGUACCUUCAGAGAGAGUAGCUUCUGCCGUAAAUCAGGCGGUUCCUAACAAUAGAAGCCGACUGACUGCUGAGCAUGUAAAGAGCAGAGUCUUUUUACUUUCACUACCAGACAAAUACUGGUUUGUCUGAUAUCUUAAACAGAUCUUAAAGUUAGAAGAUAGCUUUUUACUUCUUGAUAUUUUUGUAAUUUUGCCUAAUAAAAACAAUAUUGUAAUUAAC